AUGCUGCUGUCAGCUCCCUCGACGACGACGACGUCGGAAAAGCUGAAACUGAUCGACGUGGUGGAGAGGCUCGGCAUCGGUUACCAUUUCGAAGAGGAGAUCGAAGAGCAACUCCGAGAAAUCCAUCAUGGGAAUCAACAUGAUCCGAAUAACAAUAACAAUGACGACCACGACGACGAUCUCUUCACCGUUGCACUCCAGUUCAGACUGCUCAGGCAACACGGCUACAAUGUGCCUAACGACAUAUUCGAGAAGUUCCAGAAUGGAGAAGAAGAAGGAGGAAGCUUCAAGGAGGAGCUGGGGAGCGACGUGGAAGGUAUGAUGGGCCUGUACGAAGCUGGUUACCUCCGCAUGCAUGGAGAGACAAUACUAGACCAAGCCAUCGAGUUCGCUACGACUCGAUUGACUAAGUACUACGAGCAACUGCAAAAGCAGCUGGCCAGACGAGUUGCUCAUGUCUUGAAGAGGCCCCUUCGUAAAGGCGUCGAGAGGCACGAGCAGCUCUUCUUCAUCUCUGUGUACGAGAAAACGGAGGGUCACGACGUCACCCUUCUGAAGCUGGCCAAGUUGAGCUGGAAUUCCCUGCAACACUCGUACCAACAAGAGCUCAGGAGCAUUACCCAGUGGUGGAUCGAUUUGGACUUCGCGACGAAAUUAUCGUUUGCACGAGACAGGUUGAUCGAGGUCUACUUCUGGGCCGUGGGAGCCAUGUGGGAACCAAAAUUCUCGAUGGCUCGAUACAUUCUAACCAAACUAACCAUGCUUGUGUCCAUCAACGAUGACAUAUAUGAUGUUCACGGCACGAUCGACGAGCUCCAGCUGUUCACUGCUACUGUUCAGAGAUGGGACACCGGCAUGAAGGAUCUACCAGAGUACUUGAAGUUAUUUUAUGGGGCAAUUAUUGAUGUGUUGGACGAAGUAGACGCCAUUACUACCAGAGAAGGAAGGCCCUAUUGCUUGGAAUACGGCAAGCAGGAAAAGAAUCAAAUGAGGGCAUACCUGACAGAAGCAAGAUGGUUUGCGAAAGGGGAAGUGCCGACGAUAGAGGAAUACCGGCGAGUCGGGGUCUACUCUUGUACUUACCCUUUACUCGCCUUCUCGGCACUCGCCGGAAUGGGUGACAAGGCACCGAAGGAGGCCUUCGAUUGGCUGCUGGCGGAUCCCAAGAUCCUCAUCGCCGUCGGCGAUCAUUGUCGUCUUGCUGUGAACGAGUGGAACGUGGGGAUUGAAGCGCUGAAGGAGAACGUGAAGGCGAUGCUGCUGUCAGCUGCUCCGACGACGACGUCGGAAAAGCUGAAACUGAUCGACGUGGUGGAGAGGCUUGGCAUCGGUUACCAUUUCGAAGAGGAGAUCGAAGAGCAACUCCGUCAGAUCUAUCAUCAUAACGAAGAAGAAGAAGGAACCUUCAAGGAGGAGCUAGGGAGCGACGUCGAAGGUAUGAUGGGUCUGUACGAAGCUGCACAUCUCCACAUGCAUGGAGAGACGAUACUAGACCAAGCCAUCGAGUUCGCUACGACUCGAUUGACUAAGUACUACGAGCAACUGCAAAAGCAGCUGGCCAGACGAGUUGCUCAUGUCUUGAAGAGGCCCCUUCGUAAAGGCGUCGAGAGGCACGAGCAGCUCUUCUUCAUCUCUGUUUACGAGCAGAUGGAGGGUGAUCACGACGCCAUUCUGCUGAAGCUGGCUAAGUUGAGCUGGAAUUCCUUGCAACACUCGUACCAACAAGAGCUCAGGAGCAUUACCCAGUGGUGGAUCGAUUUGGAUUUCGCGACGAAAUUAUCGUUUGCACGAGACAGAUUGAUCGAGGUCUACUUCUGGGCCGUGGGAGCCAUGUGGGAGCCCAAGUUCUCGAUGGCUCGAUACAUUCUAACCAAACUCACCAUGCUUGUGUCCAUUAACGAUGACAUGUAUGAUGUUUACGGUACCAUCGACGAGCUCGAGCUAUUCACCGCUACUGUGCAGAGGUAUUGUAGCUAG